AUGGCAAAGGUAAAAUGGACAUCAGAUAUGGUUGAACAAUUAAAAUCAAAUGUAAAGAAAAUAAAGAAAGCAAAUGCUGGUAAACCAAUAUCAAUUAGUCAAUUGGCUACACAAAUUCAACAGAAUAGCUACUUUACUGAAUUGACAAUAGACCAACUAGUAACGAAAAUCAAACAUAUGAUUGCUAAAUCAGAGUUGCCAAAAUGGAUUAAAAAUGAUCCUGUUCAACAACAACAACAACAACAACAACAACAACAACAACAACAACAACAACAAGAUUCAUUUGAAACAACAUCGGUAGAUAAUAGUGCCAAUACCAAUACCAAUCCUUCAACUAAAAGAUUUAAAUAUUCAGAAUAUAUUACUCCAAAUCCCAAUCCUAUUCCUCCUCCUCCUCUCCAUCAUACUUCUCCUUCUACAUCUACUCUUCCUCACCCUUAUUAUCCUCAUCCUCCUCCUCCAAUUUCUCCUUCUCAAUCUCCAUCUCCUUAUGAUCCCUACCAUACAUUACAUAAUUUUGUUCAAGUACCAAGAAACCAAACAUACCAAUAUAACUCUUGUCAAACCACUCCUAUACAACAUAGUAAUAAUAAUAGUAUCAAUGAUCAUGUCAUUUCAACGUCGCCAUAUGGACACGGUAUCAAGGAUACUUUCCCCAUUUGGACGCCAAGAGUAGAUCUUGUAGAAUUAAAUUCAUUAUUUAUUCUCAAUGUAGAACUUCCAGGUUUUAGGAAAGAUUUUUUGGAUUAUCCUCCAAAUAUAUCUUCACAACCUCCUUUAUCUCUUUCCACCAUACCAUUUAUUGUCCCUUCUCCUCCAUCUGUUACAAAAUCAAAAGUUGAUAAAUCAUCUUCAGAUCCCAAAGAUUUAAAGUCUUCUGCUAUUCCUCCUCCUCCUCCUCCUACUGCUCCUAUUUUAAAACAACCAAUCAUUCAAUCUAAUAAUAAUAAUAAUAAUAAUAAUAAUAAUAAUAAUAAUAGUACAAGUAAAAAUAGUGAUUGUAAUUCUUUUUUAUUAAUUAAUGAAAAAGAAAAGAAUUCUGGAGAACCUGGAAAAUAUCAUCAUCGAGAAAUAAUAUAUGGUCAAUUUAGUAGAUCAUUAAAACUGAUAGAGAAUUUAGACUUGGAAGAUAUAUCAGCCAAAUUUAAUGAUGAAUAG